AUGAGGGGUGGUGUAUAUAAGUCUCCGUGCCAGCAGGGGGUCACAUCUGCCUUUAAUAACCAGGAGCAAACACAGGGAACAAGUGAAACAAGGAAGAAACAAAAUGAAGCUGCUCUUGUUGUCGGUGUUGAUGUUGAACAUAUGUGGAACUGUCGCAGAUGAUGACGAGGGAUUUUCGACGUGGGGUGCACCCUGGUCACAGACAGGUGGAGGCGACAGCGGCGAGGUGACGGGCGGGUUCGGUUACCAAGGCAACAUGUACUACGGCACUGGCCAAACAGGCCAAACAGGAAACUACCAGGGUUACCCUGUCAACUACGGAAACCCGCUCAUACAGGGCUACCCUGGUAACUAUGGAAACGCAGGUAACCAAGGUUACCCCAUGUAUCCCGGGUCAUCAGGAGGACGCUCCAGCCAGGGGAGUGGCGGGGUGCAGGGUGGCUGGUACCCGGCCGUACAACCCACCAACACCUUCGUCUCCGGCGGUGUGUCUCCCAACAUCUACCACUACAUGCAGCAGGGGACUGGCAGCGUCAUGGCCGGCGGAGAUAGUUCGGCGGAAAAAUCCGCCGCCGUCUACCCACAACCUACCAUGGCUUCCAGCGAGGAACAGAAUGUAUCGCCGGUUGGGGAUUAUUAUGAUUAUAGUGACGAACAUGUGCACUCGACUGCAACCUCAGGGGGUGACUCGUAUGACAGUGGGGAAAAUGUGCCAUCGACUGCAUCAACAGGAAGUGAUUCGGACGACAGCGGGGAACAUGUGCCCGUUGCUGUAACCACAGGAGGGGACUCCGACAGCAGCGAACAUCUACCAUCGCCAACAUUUGGGGUCAUGGGAGGCGACUCUGGAGACAGUGGAGAAAAUCAAGUCCGAGUUAUCUACCCUGGACAGACAGUUGUCGUUGGUGACGGUGACAACUCUGCUGAAACUGUCCUGGGCGGCGGCAUCAACCUCACCCCAUCAGGGUGCCAGGAACUCCUAGAGAUUGUCGCCGUUGUCGACGGAUCUGACAGCAUCUCCGCCAUCGACUUCCAGACGCUGAAGCACACCCUCCUCACCAUGGUCGACCAGCUGAACAUCAACGACAACAACCAACGUUUCGGAGUCGUCCUCUACAGCACCAACAUAUCCGCCGUCAUUAAUCUCAGCGGGGACGCGGCCUAUCUCAAGCUUCAGAUCAGUCAGUUGGGCCAUCCCCGUGACGGCACAAACACUGCCGACGGCAUCAGCGCCAUGAACGACAUGUUGCAGCGGUAUGCCCGUCCUGGCGUCCCCAAGGUGGCGGUGGUCAUCACCGACGGGAUUUCGAAGAACCCUGGCGCUACCGCCCAGGCGGCCCGAGUGUCCAAGCUCCUGGGGGUCAACAUGUUUGCCGUCGGGGUGGGGCUGAAAACGGACAUCGUGGAACUUCAGUCCAUCGCUUCCGGCUCGGAUCACGUUCUGACGGUGGCACAGUUUCAGCAGUUGGACGGGCUUCUUGACCAGCUCUUCAAGCGCGUGUGUCCAGUUCAAGGAGGAUGGACCCACUGGGCUGAUUCAUACGGCGCAUGCUCAGUCUCGUGUGGGGGUGGGUCACAGGUCAUCACGCGCACCAGAACGUGCACAAACCCUGCCCCCGCAAAUGGCGGCUUGUACUGCGUGGGGGACGCCGUGGUGACGUUGGCAGGGGCUUGCAACACACACGGGUGUCCAGUUAACGGAGGAUGGAGUUUGUGGAUUGACACUGUAGCUCAGUGCUCUGUGUCAUGUGGUGGAGGAUCUCAACUUGUCACUAGAACCAGAACCUGUACAAACCCCGCCCCUGCCUAUAACGGCCUCUACUGUGUUGGACAUGACAGAGCUACAUUCACACAGGCGUGUAACACCCAGGGAUGUCCAGUUGACGGAGGUUGGAGUUUGUGGAUUGACACUGUAGCUCAGUGUUCUGUGUCAUGUGGUGGAGGAUCUCAACUUGUCACUAGAACCAGAACCUGUACAAACCCCGCCCCUGCCUAUAACGGCCUGUACUGUGUUGGAGACAACAGAGCUACAUUCACACAGGCGUGUAACACCCAGGGCUGCCCAGUUAACGGAGGAUGGAGUUUGUGGAUGGACAAUGUAGCUCAGUGCUCUGUGUCAUGUGGUGGAGGAUCUCAACUUGUCACUAGAACCAGAACCUGUACAAACCCCGCCCCUGCCUAUAACGGCCUGUACUGUGUUGGAGACGACAGAGCUACAUUCACACAGGAGUGUAACACCCAGGGCUGCCCAGUUGACGGAGGAUGGAGUGUGUGGACGGACACUGUAGCUCAGUGCUCUGUGUCAUGUGGUGGAGGAUCUCAACUUGUCACUAGAACCAGAACCUGUACAAACCCCGCCCCUGCCUAUAACGGCCUGUACUGUGUUGGAGAUGACAGAACUACAUUCACACAGGCGUGUAACACCAAGGGCUGCCCAGUUGACGGAGGUUGGAGUGUGUGGACGGACACUGUAGCUCAGUGUUCUGUGUCUUGUGGUGGAGGAUCUCAACUUGUCACUAGAACCAGAACCUGCACAAACCCCGCCCCUGCCUAUAACGGCCAGUACUGUUUUGGAGACGACAGAACUACAUUCACACAGGAGUGUAACACCAAGGGUUGCGCAAUUGACGGAGGAUGGAGUGUGUGGACGGACACUGUAGCUCAGUGUUCUGUGUCCUGCGGUGGAGGAUCUCAACUUGUCACUAGAACCAGAACCUGUACAAACCCCGCCCCUGCCUAUAACGGCCCGUACUGUGUUGGAGAUGACAAAGCUACAUUCACACAGGCGUGUAACACCCAGGGCUGCUCAGUUGACGGAGGUUGGAGUGUGUGGACGGACACUGUAGCUCAGUGUUCUGUGUCAUGUGGUGGAGGAUCCCAACUUGUCACUAGAACCAGAACCUGUACAAACCCCGCCCCUGCCUAUAACGGCCAGUACUGUGUUGGAGACGACAGAGCUACAUUCACGCAGGCUUGUAACACCCAGGGAUGCCCAGUUGACGGAGGAUGGAGUGUGUGGAUGGACACUGUAGCACAGUGUUCUGUGUCAUGUGGUGGAGGAUCUCAACUUGUCACUAGAACCAGAACCUGCACAAACCCCGCCCCUGCCUAUUACGGCCAGUACUGUGUUGGAGAUGACAGAACUACAUUCACACAGGCGUGUAACACCCAAGGCUGCCCAGUUGACGGAGGAUGGAGUUUGUGGACGGACACUGUAGCACAGUGUUCUGUGUCAUGUGGUGGAGGAUCCCAACUUGUCACCAGAACCAGAACCUGCACAAACCCCGCCCCUGCCUAUAACGGCCAGCACUGUGUUGGAGAUGACAGAGCUACAUUCACACAGGCGUGUAACACCCAAGGCUGCCCAGUUGACGGAGGUUGGAGCAAUUGGACGGACACUGUGGGCCAGUGCUCUGUGUCAUGUGGUGGAGGAUCUCAACUUGUCACUAGAACCAGAACCUGUACAAACCCCGCCCCUGCCUAUAACGGCCUCUACUGUGUUGGAGACGACAGAACUACAUUCACACAAGCGUGUAACACCCAGGGUUGCCCAGUGGACGGUGGCUGGACUGCGUGGACAGAGGCUGCAGGAGAGUGUUCGCUGACCUGUGGCGGGGGUACCCAGACGGUGGUGAGGAUGAGAAGCUGCACCAAGCCCGCCCCCAGCGCCGGGGGUAGCGACUGUGUCGGAGAACCCAGGGAGAUUGUAACACGAGCGUGCAACACACAGCAAUGUCCAGUGACGACGACAGAGAAGCCGGAUCUUGGCCUCUGCAACGACUGCAAGAUGGACAACGGUAUCGGCUACAACCCUCACCCCAGCGACUGCAACAAAUACAUUCAGUGCACGUUCGACAACAAGCAGCUGAUCAAGGUCCAGGAGAUGGAGUGUCCUCAUGGCUUAUACUGGGACCAGGACAAACUGACCUGCAACAGACCAGAGGAGGUCACGUGUCCUGCUGAGCGGUGCAAUGACCCCAUGACGACGUCCUACCCCAGCGCUACGACCUGCAGCGGAUACUGGGAGUGUGUAGGGGGCGUGUCCAAGGGCAGGUGUUGCCCCGAGGGCCAGGCCUACAGCAUUGCCGGGUACUGCGUCCCCAGCACAACGUGCAAGACUCCUUGCAAGGGGGACGGAGGUCAGGGUGCUUGCGACAAGAGGCCCGUAGCCGGUGACAGCUCUCGAUUCCAACAGUUCGCUAAAGGUCACGGAUGGAUAACCUUGACCUGCGCUCCCGGAAGUAGUUACAACUCUACUGAGUGCAGGUGCUCCAUACAAGGCGGGAUCAUUUCUCCAGACACCUGCAAACCGGAAGUUUAUCUAUCCUUCACCGACGACGUUGGCGACAAGUCCGACAGCGGAGUCUACAUUCAAAACGACGGCGUGAAGGUCCGAAACGGCGUGGGCUACUUUGACGGCAAGAGUGGUCUGAGGAUUCCCAGAUUCGCUAAUGCCGGGUUAGGCAGCACUGUGUACAUCAGAAUCAGGUACCGAGGGGAGGGAUCUGCCACCAGGAAACAGGCCUUGUUAUCUAAUGGUGACUGUGGCAAGGACAGCUCAAUCACCAUUGCCAGGGGACCAGCGUCUACGUACUUCGGUGUCCGCUCUGAGGCUAACAAGUCCGCCGGCGUGUCGGUCAGCAGCUUGAGCAAUGGAUGGAACGAGGCUUUCUUCAAGCUUGACGGUGGGAUGCUGAGCGGAAGCGUGGGAUCCUCUAUGAAACAAACCGCCCUCCUCGGUAAUGUUCAGAGAGCCAACUGUGCCAUGCAGAUCGGCAGAGGAACAAAUUACGCCAACUUCCGGGGUUACAUGGACAAUCUCACCAUCUACCUGUGUCGGCCCUGAUCACCCGAAGAAGACAUCACCACCGUUCUGAUGACAUCUUUGAAUUCCAUUUGCCAUUUUGUAGUCGAUAUAGGAUAGUUGUUGUAGGAACGUGUACAUAGGACCACGCCAUGAUCCGUUAAUAGAAGUAGGGAUAUUGUACCACAAACUGUUCCAUAUAAAUAUCUGUCUCUUAUUUAUUUCAAGACACUAAUAUUUAUUGAUCAGUGACGAGUAGUAAGUUAAUAGACAUACCUCUGAUGUGGUUUAUUGGUAGAAGGCUGUCUCUCCACCGUCGACGUGUGACAUUCCAUAUGUCCAGUGUGUUUGAAUGUUCAUGUAUAUAUGUUUGGUCCUGGACACACACUAUUGAAGGAAGAACCACCUUUAUCUCUGGUCAUGCAUGUUUCGUUUAUUUCGUCAUGUGUGUUUUGGUGAGAACCUGACAGCGAAGAGACCGUGUGUUGCUAUAGCUACGCUGGGUCGCCACUGUGUUUACUCGUUUCUUACUUUUUUAUACCUUAUUACCGGCAUCAAAACAAUUUUGUUUUGAAUUGAUCAGAUGCAAAUAAAAACAUGUUGCAAAA